AUGGCAGAUAACGGAGAGGAUCAGCCGCCCAGAAAAGAGAAAGAUGAUUGGGAGAAUAGAGUGAAUAUAUUCCUAGAGGACAAACGGGAGACGGAAGACCACGAGUCGAUCAGUCAGGUCACCGAUGAACUUGUUCGUUUCAAUCGUCCUCCCAGAUCUGUUGAGUUUGUGGGGAGAAAAGAUAGUCUGGAUCGUCUUCACGCGGUGCUGUCAAAGCCCGGCCAGAUCGGUCUGAUGAGUGGGCGUGGCGGUAUAGGAAAGACUGCCACAGCUGUGGAGUACUCCUACAAGUUCGAGUCCGAGUACUCCGCAAUAUUUUGGAUUGAGGCCGAGACAGCUGGAGGGUGUGCUAACAACCUCCUCGAUAUACUUUCCUUUCUCGACCCUGAAGCCAUCCCCAAGGACCUGCUUGUCGGCGAUCACACGGAAGAAGCAUUGGAAUUCCUAAACUCGGCCGAGACAAUCAGUCUUCACCGGAUAUACCAGGAAUACAACCAUACCAAACGCAUUUGGCCAACACUCAAUCUUGCAGAGCUGUUUUACAAUGCUGGAUUUCAUGUAUGGGAGAGACAGACGACAGCAUAUGAUGGCCUAUCUUUCCUGAAGUGCGCAGAAGAACAGCUCGAUGCAAUUGACUUCGACCCGAACGGAAAGCUGCGCGCCGAUAUACAUAGCAUCGCUGGAAUCUACUAUAACGGGGCCGGUUCUGCUUUCAGGGACGAGAGUAUUAGGAAGGCACAGGCCGCGCUCCGCAUCCGACAAGUCAUCUACGAAUCUAAUCCAGAGGACAAUGACAGUGAUGUGCUGCUUCGGAACGCCGCCAACGAUCUUGCAUCGUGUCUCCUCAAUAAGAAUGAAUAUGAAGAGGCUGGCAAGCUCCUUGAAGGGUGCUUGGAACAGUACCGCACAUGGGGUACGGAGGAUGACAUCCCAUUCGAGUAUGCGAAGUAUUACAACUGCAAUGCGUUUGUGCAGAUGAGACAUGGCAAUUACCAGGACGCCAUUGAGUCUAUGGAGAAGUGUGUCGAGCUUGCCGCGAAGCACUCCACUCAAACAUGGCAGUACUGGCAAUACAAAUUCUCCCUGGCGUGCAUCAUCCACCAGUCAGGAAAUUCCCAGAAAGCCCUGGAAAUCCAUUUGGAAACUCUGAACGGUAGGCUGGAUCUCUUUGGCCAACACGACCAGAACACGAUUUUCAGCACCUACGCUGUCGGCGCCAUGUAUCACCACCUCAAGGCUGUGCCAACCGCCAUUGACUACAUGAUUGAGUGCAUCGAAUGCGCGAGAACCUCAAAGUUCCCGGAAGAGGCACUGGGAAGAGCUCAACUUCAUCUAUCCAAGAUGUUCCGCGAGCAAGGAAUUGAGGAGGAGGACGCCAAGAAACUGGAGGCCGAUGCCCUAAAGGUGUUGGGCGAGUAUUCACAAUAUGCCUCGGAUUUCUUGAAAGGAGUCGAAGACCCGAUGACCCUCUUCGACGACUUGCAAUCCAUUUUUGACGGCCGAUUCACAGGCCGGCAGCUCUUGAAGUACAUGCAGGGAAUGUCUGACGUGUCUCAAAGCGCAAAACCGGUGGCUUAG